AUGCCGAAAGUACAGCUCGCCGCUGUCUCGAGCCUCUGGCCGAACGCCGAGUGGAGGAGCGAGUACGACGAGCCUAGCAGCGAUAUCGUGAGCUCCGAAAUAUGGCCAUCUUUGCGAGAGUUGUCUCUAUCUCGCGUAACUGAUGAGGUGUUGCGAAGCGACCCUGCGGAAGCGUCAUGGGUGCAGCAUGCCGAGCAGCUCCCGGACUUCCUCCCAGCGCUUCGAACCAAGAUCUACGAAAACCCUUCGAUGGUGCCUGUGGUCCACCGGAAGAGCAUUUUGACUGAAGCCUUCGCUCUCUGCGACAAAGUCGACCUCUCACCAUUCAAGGACCUUCGAUGGAUACCAGUCCUGGGCGAAGCCUUCAUAUGCUUGACGGUCACUCAGGCCUUGUCAACCACGGAUAACCGCAUCGUGCCGAUCCCAGCCGACAGCUACAUUGGGUGGAAAAACUACUUCAGCUCCAGCAUGAACACCGCUCCGUACAUCCGUACCACGGCUUCCGGUGCUUGGAUAUUGUACGUCUUUCACGAGACUGUCGGGAAUGCCGGAACCAGCGCGACACCCGAGGACGUCCGCUCUGCCUUCGUUACCACCGCUGACGACGGGACCGUUCUUGCUGCCAGCGCUGAUGACUUCUUCGGUGCCGUCGGCUCGUCACCGUCUCCUGAGCAAGGAAGGAUCUUGGCGGCCGAAUACAAGCAGAAUCUGACUAAAUUCCGUGCCUGGCAAGGCAUUGACCGCAGUGUCGGCUAUCGAGGGAUCUGGGCCAAGGUCGACGUUUCGAGUGCGAGUCAAGAAGAGGCGGAAGAAGCAGUCAUGCUCGCGAAAAAGUACAACUCGGAGAUCAGGAGGGAUAUCAAAAGGUUCAGUGACGAGGCUAUCGCAGAGUGGCUGACGCCAGAUGCACUGUAG